AUGAAAAGGAAAAAGAAAUCUAAUCAUAUUGUAAAAGUCGAGCGAGGAAUAUUUUUUAAUUUAAAAACCAAGAAUGAAUCAUUAAAUCCAGUAAAUAAUAAAAGUUUUUUUCUGCUUUUAAGACAAACACUGAGUAUUGAUGUUUCUUUUAAAAUUGGAAUUCUCUGUGGAAUUAAAACUACAAUGUUGCUUUGUGGAGUUUGGAGAAAACUUAUGGAAUUGUUUUUAUGA